AUGAGAUCAAAGACCUUGUCAACGAUAGCCUCUUCGCUGACGACCUCACCAUCUGGUCCAGCCACAACAACAAAGAAGAAGCUAGCAGAUACGUCCAACUCGCAGUCCAGAAGAUCGAAGAAUGGUGCAAGAAGAAGAAGAUGCUCCUCAGGACGCCAGAUGGAAGCCGGACAUUACGAUGGGGGUAACACCCUCAAGUUCGAUCCCUGCCCCAAACUUCUGGGACUGGUGAUCAACAGGACCCUGUCCUUCCAGCUGCACGUCGACAAGGUGGUCGACAAGGUUCGCAAACGUUGCAACCUCCUGGCCUGCUUGGGGACUUCAAACUGGGGCUGGAGGAAGAAACCCUUGAGGAGAGUGUUUCUUGCCACCCAGCGGAGCAUCAUGGACUUUGCCGCCUCUGCCUGGCAACCAUGGCUCUCCAAAACCCAGAUGGACAGACUCGACCGCGCCCAGAACCAGGCCCUCCGUCGGGUUACUGGGCAAGCCGCCUCCACUCCAGUUGAGGCCCUGCGUCUGGAGAGCGGCAUGCAGAGCUACCGGACCAUCUCUCAGAGACUCACAGCCAUCUCCCGGGAGGGAGCCUCCAGGUACCCCGAGGGCCACCCCGCUCGGAUCGCCCUGGAGAAGGACCAACCUCACCGGCUCUGCAGAGACAGCUGGAGAGAACUCAGCAACAGGAUCAGUUCCAACCUCCCCAACGAGCUCGCUGACAGGGAGCCCCUUCCCACCAUUGAGGAAGAGGUUUGGACACCACAGAGACGUUGGCGGGUCAACAACACCGUCGGAGGCUUGGGACGCUCCGAAGAGACGAAACAGAAGGCGACCGAGACGAUUCGGAACAGCGACACCACAUGGAACAUCUACAUAGACGGUUCCGCCAAAGAUGGGACUAGGGACGGAGGGUCAGCAAUGGUUGUUACGACAAGUGACCCCCUCGACCCUCAAACAAUCUUCUCCGAGACGAUUCGCGUCAGGAUGCUCACCUCCUCGUUUGACGAAGAGAAAGAGGCACUGGGAGCUGCAGUUAGGUGGUUGGAGGAUAACACCCCUAACAACAGUGACAAGGGCCUUAUUUGCACUGAUAGCCAAGCCCUGACAUCGAAUCUGGCAAACGACAGCAGAGAAGUGAGCAACAUCACUAGAAAUCUUGACACGCUCAACCACGAGAUCAUCAUUCAGUGGAUCCCUAGCCACGUGGGCAUUGUAGGGAACGAGAGGGCCGACGCUCUGGCCAAUGAAGCCUCUGGGUUGAAGGAGAGAGCAAAACCAACCACCUACAAGAGCGCCGUAGCCACCAUCAAACGUACGAUUAAAGAUCCAAGCCCCUCUCACGCCAGAACAGCUCAAGUCUACCAAAAGCUGUCAAGAGAACGUGACGAAAAGACCCUUCUGUCGAGAAGAGACGCAGUCAUGCUAGCCAGGCUCCGCUCUGGACACAGCAUGCUCUUGGCCGUGUAUAGGACCCUGAUGAACCCCGCCGAGAGCCCCUCCUGUCCCAGAUGCGAGGAGGCCAACGAAACAGUGGAACACUGGCUCCUCGAUCGUCCGGGGAAGCUAGCGGCCAGACAAGAAAUUUUCGGACGCACGACGGUGGAAUUGUCAAUUCUCACCGAGGACCCAGAAGGUGCGGUCGCGCUGGCGAAGCGGACCCUUGGGAAAACUUCGGCGCACCCACAAUGA